GCCCCCAGUGGAGGAGCAGAUGAGAGUGUUUGAGAUCAUUUCUUCAGGAUAAGAGAGGAUUUCUGCACUGAUGCUCGGAUUAUCCAUCAGAGAGGUCUCUGCAGCUCUGAGGGAAGGGAAGCUCUCCGCUCAGGAGCUGUGCCGAAAAUGUUUGGAACGCAUCAGGGAGACGCGGCACCUCAACGCCUACAUCAGCGUUACAGAGGAGCUCGCCAUGAAACAGGCGCAGGAGGCCGACAGCCGGAUCCUCAGAGGUGAAGCCCGCGGGCCGCUGGACGGAAUACCCUUCUCCGUUAAGGAUAACUUCUGCACAGCUAACGUAGAGACGACGUGCGCCUCGCGGAUGCUACGAGGUUAUUACCCUCCGUUUAACGCCACCGUGGUGCAGAAGUUACUGGAUCAGGGCGCCGUGCUGGUGGGGAAGACCAAUCUGGACGAGUUCGCCAUGGGAGCCGGCAGUACGGACGGCGCGUUCGGUCCGGUGCGGAACCCGUGGAGCUACGCCGCCCCGUACCGCGACUUCAGGGGUACAUCGGAUCCGGAUUCUGAUUGGGUGAUUGCAGGCGGGAGUUCAGGAGGAAGUGCUGCAUCUGUGGCGUCUCUGAGCAGCUUCCUGGCGCUGGGCUCGGAUACGGGCGGAUCUACGCGUAACCCCGGCUCUCUGUGCGGUGUGGUGGCGCUGAAACCCAGUUACGGUUUGCUCUCCCGUCACGGCCUCAUCCCCCUCGUCAACUCCAUGGACGUGCCUGGUAUCAUGACCCGGAAGGUCCACGACGCCGCCACAGUGCUGGGUAUCCUUCAGGGUCGGGAUGUGAAGGACUCGACUACGAUCGAGGCUCCGGGUUCAUCCGUCGGCCUUCCCGAGGAUUUCGACAUCAGAGGGAUCUGCGUCGGCAUCCCGAAGGAGUACCACGCCCCGGGUUUGUCCGCAGAGACGCUGGCCCAGUGGACCCGCCUGGCGGACGCGUUCGAGCGCGCCGGUGCCCGGGUACAGGAGGUCUCGCUCCCUCACACCCAGCACUCCAUCGUCUGCUACCACGUGCUCUGCUGCUGCGAGGUGGCGUCCAACAUGGCGCGAUUCGACGGCCUCCAAUACGGUCACCGCGGCGACGUGGACGGCUCGACCGAGGCGCUCUACGCCAGCACGCGGCACCAGGGCUUCAACCACGUGGUCCGCCGGAGGGUCCUGUCGGGGAACUACUUCCUGCUGAAACGGAACUACGAGCGGUACUUCGUGAGGGCGCAGCGGCUCAGGCGUCUGAUCUCGGAGGAUUUCCGGCGCGUGUUCGGUUCGGGGGUGCACGUGCUGCUCACGCCCACGACCCUGAGCGACGCGGCGCCGUAUUCGGACUUCAUCCGGGAGGAUAAUCGUACCCGCAGUGCCCAGGAGGACGUCUUCACCCAGCCCGUCAACAUGGCAGGUCUGCCCGCUGUCACCGUACCCACCGCCCUCUCCAGCAGAGGACUCCCUAUAGGCCUGCAGCUGAUUGGUCAGAACCUUCAGGACCACAAACUGCUGGCCGUGGCUCACUGGAUGGAGCGGCAGCUGGAUUUCCCAGACAUCCGCUUUCACACAGACGUCCUGGACAGAAAGGACGCAGUGAGAUCAUGAAAACCAGAGAAGAACUGCCGGGAGGAUGACUGGGGCGGGGUUUGUGGAAUGAAACGUACCAUGUGACUGGUGUGGGUGUGGGAGUGUGAAUGCACCAGUGCAGAAUGAGAACAUGGAGGAGAACUGAGCUUUCAUGAAUAUAUCCAGCGGUCGUGUAAAGGUUUCACAUCCUGGAUGGGUCUUACCUCUCCAAACACGUUUAUUUAGAAUGACACUCUUUAUGUCCAUAGUGAACAGACAUUAAAGUUUAAUUAAUAUAAAAAUCACUGUGUCAGGUUCCUCUAAACCAGUACCGGUACCGGUCCGUGGGUCAUUUAUUACCGGACCACACAGAGAGAAUAAAUAAUUAGAGAUUUCCAACACA